GAGCCUCUGAGUAAAUUAGUAAGGCAGCAAUCCAACAAAGACACCAAGGCACCAAGGCACCAAUACACGAGCUCUCCACGACGCGUCUGUCCAACGUCACGUCUUUUUGUUGCUCCGACGCGUCCAUAGUUUGUCCACAGUUUCAAUACCAGCUGGAGAGGCCAUGUCCCUCUGCUAACCGCCAGCGCUACUACCACGACACCUACCGAUGUAACUGCUAUUAUCAUCCCUCUCGCCUACCAUGGCGUCUCGCCAAAGAUCUUUCUUUGAUCAAGACCGCAAGAAGGCCCGCACCAAUUUCAAUCGUGCUCGAAGUGUGAACGAUGCGUACUCGAAGCCGAUGACCACGGGCCCGAGCAAACCUGCAGGGAAUGCCAUGCCGAUAGCUCCGGCAUCACAGACCAAGAGGAAGCUUAAGAACUUCCAGUUCAUUCCUGGAGGACCGGCUGGCGAGGCAGGUCUGCCUGAAGACGCGGAUAAAGAGAACAUGAAUCCUUCUGACGACCCUCCGAAACGAGGGAAGGUCGACUAUACGAAGCGGACAAGGCUAGAUGAACCCGUCGAGCAUCCUGUAGAUCGGCAACCAGCAGCGGUGACUCGUAUUUCCUCGCAGCCGAACAAUGCCCUCUUCCCAUCGACGCCCGUUCCUCGGCUUCCGUUGUCCGACCUGGUUGGCCAAGAUGGAGACGAUGAUCUAACAGAGGACCGAGAUGACUCUCCGGAGGAACACGUUCAAUGGAAGCACCAUACGCCUGCACGAAGCCGUGGAAAGAAGCGAGCACGAAGUUCGUCCCCGUUGUCGUCCCACCUAGACACUAUUCAGGAGCACAGUUCAUUCGAUAUGCAAAGAUUGUCCCAUACAUUGAAGACCCCGCAGGCCGACCCCGCGGCUGAUCUGCUGUCCCGCUAUGGGAUCAAUCUAGAGAGCAUGGUCACUCCUGAUACCGCUGGGAAUGUGGCGCAUGCUGAAGCGCCUCACCCAGGAUCGAGCCCCCGUUCAUCCAGCCAAGGAGGCAAUGUCAACGGUUUACGUCGUUGGCUCAGCUGCGGCAACCAGUUCCCAGAAAGCCGAUCCCCCAAACGAAGACGAGUGGCCGACCCCUCUCGAGACGUGCUCGACCGCCUAGUCGAAUCUCCAAGUCGCGCUGCCUUGGCGCAUGUCGAGAUGCAUCGGAACCAACGACAAAAGACGGAGAUUGAGACCCUAAUAGGGAAGAUAACCGAUCUUUCCAACGUCCGAUAUGAGCUGCAGAAACCACCAUCAAGCUCGGGUCCGCUACCUGAGACCCGCGUUCCCGAAGUUGAGGCAGAACAUGGGAACCGCAUUUCAAACACGGCUCCAGAACCUGCUCGAACUAAAGAUAGAUGUCCCUUUUCGUCCCAAGAAACCCUUGCCGGAGAAGCCGAUCCUGCGCCCCAGCUGUUUGAUGGUCCCAAUCCACCCCUCCCUAAGAAUGUCCAAAUGACCCCUGUGCGACGUAACUCUCCGAAACAACCAACCUCAAGUUCCACCGACUAUGGCUCUUUGGAUUUGGACUCCGAUGACUACGAUAUACUUGACGCAAUCACAGCGCACUCUACGCAAGCUGCCAUUGCUGGAUCAAGAUCCCAGUUGUCAACUGCUCCAGCAGGGUCACAAACCAAUUCUAGGAUGAAUACCGCUGCUGUGAAAUCUGCCAGUCCGCCUCUGGCCAACGGAGAACCCACCCGGACAGACGACGAUUACGAUUUUGACGAUGAUCUAGAUCUUGACGAUCUUGUUCCAGUCGCCGACUUUGUUCAGACCAAACCUUUCCUUCAAACCCAGCAACCGCUUCCACUCCCUACUGUUCAAGUGCAGACAGUCUACCAGGAGACCAGGGCGGCCAAGCCUAAUACCCUGAACGAAGACGAGUAUGGCGACUUUGACGAUGUGGAUUUCGACGAUCUUGUCCCACUCGAUCAGGUCGAUGUACAAGGUGCCUCAGCGAAGAAUCAGCAACCAGCAGCUGGAAGCGUAGCGAGUUCAGAAUGAGGGUAUCAUACAGCGAUACCGAAUAUCUAGCGUUGUCGAAUCGACUUAUGAAAACCGACUGGCCCAAGUGUGUCCGGAGAAGGUUCUGGUGGUCACUGACGACAAGACAAAGAAGAAUCAUGUCAUCCGUCUGCAACAGUCAUGGUACGAUAGCACCGUCUCGAUCAACAGCCAUGUCU